CGGGUUGAAAGCUUCGCGCGCUGGGUUGGUUUUGCCGAGUGGCCGUAAGUGUCUUGUCGCCGGGUGACGGUUCGGCGCUGCCCCGAUCCCAGCUGUUGCGCUCCUGCAUCAGAAUUCAAGUGAUACAAUACAAUGGGAAUCCAAGGCUUGCUCCAGUUUAUCAAAGAGGCAGCUGAACCUACUCAUGUAAAGAAGUACAAAGGACAAGUAGUUGCUGUAGACACUUACUGCUGGCUGCACAAAGGAGCCUAUGCAUGUGCAGACAAACUAGCAAAAGGAGAAGCCACAAAUCAAUACGUAGUUUAUUGCAUGAAAUUUGUUGAUAUGCUUUUAUCAUUUGGAGUUAAACCAAUUCUGGUAUUUGAUGGAUGCACUCUGCCUUCAAAAAAGGAAGUUGAAAAAGCAAGAAGAGAAAAACGACAAGCAAAUCUCCUAAAAGGAAAACAGCUGCUCCGUGAAGGGAAAUUAUCAGAAGCAAGAGAAUGCUUUGCUCGCAGCAUUAAUGUUACCCAUGCAAUGGCUUGUGAAGUGAUUAAAGCUGCCCGAGCCCAAGGAAUAGAUUGUCUUGUCGCGCCUUAUGAAGCUGAUGCUCAGUUAGCUUAUCUGAACAAAGCUGGCAUGGUCCAAGCUAUAAUUACGGAGGAUUCUGAUCUCCUCGCUUUUGGAUGCAAAAAGGUGUUUCUUAAAAUCGACAAAUUUGGAAAUGGCUUAGAAAUUGAUCAAGCUCGCCUUGGAAUGUGCAAACAGCUUGGGGAUGUCUUUACAGAAGAGAAAUUCCGCCACAUGUGUAUUCUGUCUGGUUGUGACUACCUUCCAUCCAUUCAUGGUAUUGGCUUAGGCAAGUCUUGCAAACUGUUAAAGAUAGCCAAUAACCCGGAUAUUCUAAAGGUCAUUGAAAAAAUGGGACAGUAUUUAAAAAUGAAUAUUUCGGUAACUGAAGAAUACAUACAAGGAUUUAUUCGUGCUAAUAAUACUUUCCUCUAUCAGUUGGUUUUUGACCCAGUCAGAAGGAAACUUGUUCCACUGAAUGCUUAUGAAGAUGAUAUUGAUCCAGAAACUCUAGUGUAUGCUGGAAAAUACUUCGAUGAUAGGACUGCUUUUCAAAUUGCACUCGGAAAUAAAGAUAUUUUCACAAUGGAGCAAAUUGAUGACUACGAUCCUGAUGUAUCACGGCCUGAAUUACCAAGAAGCCACAGCUGGGAUGCGAGUUAUACUCAUGAGAAGUCAUCCUAUUUAAAGAGUAUUUGGAGCAGGGACUACAAACCCUGUUUUACUGCAAAAAGUGUCACAAAUUCAACACCUUUGCUAGAGAAAUCCACUACCCGAGGAGUUGAGCGGCUAAUUAACUUAAAAGGACUCAAGCUUCCUAGCAAAAUGCUAGUGGCAAAAAGACCAAGGCAUGAAGAAGCAUCAGAAGAAGAACUGUUAAGCCAGUAUUUUUUGAACUCAAAAAAAACCAAAACAGAAAAAUGUGAUGAAAACCAGCAACGUUUUAGUGGAAUAUCUGCAGUCUGUGCUUCCCAGGACUCAUGCAAAAAUAAGGACAAUUCUUGUUUUCAGCCCAGGCUUAGAAAUAAAUUUGCCACUAUUUUUCAAAAAGAGAAUGAAAACAAUGGUGCAGUGGUUGUUCCAGGAACCAAAAGCAGGUUUUUUUGCAACAUUGGAGAUCUGCCUGAGACUGUAUCAAAGAAUAAAACUGACCAGCCUCUACAGGACAAUGAGGCUGACAGUCCAACUAAGGAAAUAAACAAAUUAACAGAAGACCAGAGUCCCUGUUCAUCGGAGACUGGAGAACGUCUCUUCUCAACCACACCUGGGGUAGGACAGUCCAGCUGUUUCACUUGGUCUAGAAGCUUUGCAGAGAAAUCUUCGACUCCUAGCCUAUCACAAAGCAUAGCACUGCCAAAGCAGUAUCAAAGACCCAGUAAAGAUAUAGGUAAAGACGAUAGUGUGCCUAGCUCACAAAUAACCUCACCAGCAAAUAAAGAGUCUGAUGAAGAGAAAUCACCUUUAAAAGAACUGCAGUGUUCAUCAAAACAGAAUCUUGACAAGCUGUUGCAAAGCAAGGUGGAUACUUCAGAAAAGUCCCCAGUGACCAAGAAAAAUGCGACUCCUGCCAAAGAAUCUGACAGCAGUCCAGAACCAGAUGAUAAUCUAAAUUCUCAGAUCCUUCCAUUUUCAGAAUGUAGAGAUAAUAAGAACACAGUUUCCAAAAAUAUGAUUCCUACACUAUGUAGAACAAAUUCUCUAAAAUCUUCUAUGGUGGCAAAACAUAAAUUACUGAUGACCGCCAAAGUUAGUGGCUUAAGCAAGAAAAGAAGUAUAAAAAAACACCACGAUGCUGAAAACAAGUCAGGACUUCAGGUGAAAAUUAACGAUCUCUGGAAGAGCUUCCAGUUCAAAAGGGAAUCAGAAAUACUACCUUCCUGUAGAAAAUCAAAACCAUUGUCUCCAAUUAAAGAUAACAAUAACCAACUCCCUCCAGACACAUGUGAUGAAACUUUUGAUAACUGCAAUGGAAAAUAUUUCAGUGAAGUGGUACUGCAGAUCUGAGCAAUUUUGUAAUCCCUGUUCAAUUUCUGCAUGGAUUUAGAUUAUUUCUGGACACAGAAAAAAAUCAAAGUAACACUUGUGUGUAUAUAUAUAUAUAGACUUCAGUUAAUAUUAUCAACUUCUGUUUUGAAAGAAACAAAAUGAAACAAUAUUAUGCUUUUUGAUGUAUUGAAUAAAAUCUUUUGAUACAAAUAGAUUGCUUGACUAUAUCAUAUGUAUCAAUGCAAAAAAAACAUUUUGGAAAAAGUCAGGAAACUAAACAAUGAAUAAUUUUGAUUACAAAAGAUCACGUUGCUAAACCUCUGCAACAAAGUGGGUCCAAAUAAUUCAAUAAAGGAAGUAAAAUCUGAAAAGUUAGGAAAACAGGUAUUAUAUUUAAAUAUAUAAGUUAUAUUUUAUAAUUAAAAAUUUCUUACGUUGAAUUUCAAACAACCAUAAUCAAGUGGGGAUGAUGGUGGAUUACAAAGAAGUCCUUGAAUGAUGGCAGUUCUUUAAAAUAUCUAAAUAUAUGCAUGUGUACUCUAAAAUUGAAGGAAGCGCUUCCCUCUUGUAUCUCUGCCGAAACUCAUUCAUCACCCAAAUUUGCUAUUAGAACAAUGAAUGUUUCACAUAAAAGGCACUUAAAAUGCAAUUACAGUGUGUAUCCAAGUUGUAAGAGAAGGAAUUGCUGGUCAAAAUAAAUUUGAUUGUAUUGGUUUGAGCGCACUGAGAGUUUAAAACACAGAAUUUGGAUUUAAGACAGUUUCACUUCUGGCCCAAACUACUUAGGCACUAGACAAAGGCUGCAACAAAAUACAACCCGUAGGCUGUGUGUGAUCUGCCAAGCAGUCGUCUGAGGUCUGCUAGUACAUUUUGAAAAAUAUCCACUGCUAUCAUCAGGAAAGAUUCAUUGCCACCUGUGUUUUCCCAGUCACUUUCAUCUUGAGAAACAAACAUCUCAACAACUUCAGGCUUCACAGAUACUGCCAACUCCAAUAUUGCCCUUCACUUCUAGCACCAAAUAACUGACCGGCAUGCCAGGUAUUUCUUGUGGCCCACAAUUCUAUUUCUGUUAUCAAUCUUG